GCUCCGCGCCGCAUCCCGGGGCCAUGAGUUUCUUCGGAUUCGGGCAGAGCCCGGAGCUGGAGCUGGUGCUGAGCGACGCCGAGAGCCGGCGGCGGGUGGAGCACAAGACGGAGGAGGGCAAGAAGGAGAAAUACUUCCUCUUCUACGACGGCGAGACCGUGUCGGGGCGGGUGGUCCUCACCCUCAAGAACCCCAAUAAGCGGCUGGAGCACCAGGGCAUCAAAGUGGAGUUCAUCGGGCAGAUCGAACUCUACUAUGACCGAGGGAACCACCACGAGUUUGUGUCUCUGGUGAAGGACCUGGCCCGACCUGGGGAAUUCACUCAAUCACAGACAUUUGACUUUGAGUUCACGCACGUGGAGAAACCUUACGAGUCCUACACGGGGCAGAACGUGAAGCUACGGUAUUUCCUCCGUGCCACCGUGAGCCGCAGGCUGAACGACGUGGUCAAGGAGAUGGACAUCGUUGUGCACACCCUGAGCACCUACCCCGAGCUCAACUCCUCCAUCAAGAUGGAAGUGGGCAUCGAGGACUGCCUGCACAUUGAGUUCGAGUACAACAAGUCCAAAUACCAUUUAAAAGAUGUGAUUGUGGGGAAGAUCUACUUCCUGCUGGUGCGGAUCAAGAUCAAGCACAUGGAGAUAGACAUCAUCAAGAGGGAGACAACGGGCACGGGUCCCAACGUGUACCACGAGAACGACACCAUAGCCAAGUACGAGAUCAUGGAUGGGGCACCUGUGAGAGGGGAGUCCAUUCCCAUCAGGCUCUUUCUGGCUGGCUACGAGCUGACUCCAACCAUGAGGGACAUCAACAAGAAGUUCUCAGUGCGUUAUUACCUCAACCUGGUGCUGAUCGAUGAGGAGGAGAGACGCUACUUCAAACAGCAGGGCCUACAGAAAAACCUUGACAAAGCAGCAGUGUAAAGGCAGAGUCUGAAAUAGAUGCUGCUCCUGUGACCAACAGCCAAGCAUCCUGAGGAGCCGAUUUCCUUCUGUAUUGCACGUAUGAAACCCCAAGGUUGCCACCUUGAACAAGAACAUUUUGUUUUUCUAUUUCCAGGAAGACAAAUAGGUUUUGAGAAGAAAAAACCAAUCUGAGUUGCCUGAUGCUGUCCCUCAGCAGCUGGGCAGGAGUGACCUUGCUGCUGUCCUGUGCUGAGUGAGGGGGUGCCAGUGCUUACCUUCACA